CAGCUAUCGAUUGAAAGUUACUUACACAGCCUCAAAACUGGCAGACACACAGGGUUGACAAUCAUAUAUACACCCACGUACAUACUCAAACCUAUCUAGACUUGAAUCUGUACAUACACAUACAUUAGCAAUCAUGUUUGAAGCACGCGUCGCCCAAGCGGAGAUCUUAAAGAAAAUUCUCGACUCUGUGCGAGAGCUCGUAGAGCAAGGCAACCUGGACUGUUCCGGCACCGGCAUCUCGCUACAGGCUAUGGACUCCAGUCAUGUGUCCCUUGUUGCACUUCUGCUUAAAUCAGAAGGGUUUGAGAGGUAUCGUUGCGAUCGCUCCAUCAAUUUGGGUAUCAACAUGCAAUCGCUCGGCAAGAUUGUCAAGACGGCUGGAAACCACGAUGCCAUCACACUGUCGUCCGAGGACAAGGGAGACGUAUUAGGUCUCAUGUUCGAGUCCACGGAACAAGACAAAGUGUCCAACUACGAGAUCAAGCUGAUGGAUGUUGACGCAGAGCAGCUUGCCAUCCCCGUGGCCGAGUACAGCGUGUGUGUGCGUAUGCCCUCCGCCGAGUUCGCCCGUAUCACGCGCGACCUGAGCACAAUCGGAGACUCAGUGCUUAUCAGUUGCACAAAGGACGGCGUACAGUUCUCUACCACUGGUGACACCGGAAGUGGAUCCAUUGUUCUGAGACAGUCGUCGUCGGUAGAUGACGAGAAGAAGGCUGUUGUUAUCGAAGUCCAAGAACCCAUCUCGCUGUCUUUUGCCACCAAGUUUUUAGUACAAUUCUCCAAGUCAGCAGCGCUGAACGAGAGUGUUACACUAAACCUGGGCGAUGGGGUACCCCUUAUGGUCGAAUACCCAAUGAAGGAAAUGGGAUAUGUCCGAUUCUACUUAGCACCCAAGUUAUCGAAUGAAUCUGAUGAUGAGGAAGAUGGGGAGGAGUAAAGCUCCCCGUCCGCUAAAAAAAAAUAAAACCUAGCCGUGCGGAACGUAUUGUACUGGGCGACCGUAUCUCACCAUGAAAAGAAACAAUCAUCGGGAUGCAUCGCAUGUUUGCGUUCUCGGACGGACUAGUAGAAAAUAUAAUGUACAUAGCUAUCUCACAAUAAAAUCCAUCAACAAAGUACACGCUCGUUACCUUUGUACGUGUACAAGUGUUGAGACAUGUAGCCGAAUUCUUUCUAACCACGCACGCACUUAGUGUUGAAUAGCAGUUACAGUAAUUCAGCGAAC